CCAACAGGACCUUUCUAAUACAAACUCUACAGCCUUUCACGACUCUCGAGCGACCUCACCCGACUACUUUGCUGCAUACAAUCUCCGCCGCUGACGCGAUCAGACCUCUCUACCAUUCACCUUGAACGAAUAUCUCGACGAUUGAUCGGUCGUAAUAGCUACGGUCACCGCCGCGAAGAAUGUCCGGCCUCUUUGGAGCCACGUCGUCCUCGACGGCUUCCAACACUGUCGGAGACCUCAAACAAGACGUUGCCCUGACCAGUCCUCCCGAGGACACAAUCACCGGUCUCUCCUUCUCCCCAGCCACCAACCAAGCCAACGAUUUCCUUGCCGUGUCUAGCUGGGAUAAAAAAGUCCGGAUAUAUGAAGUCACCAGCAAUGGCCAGAGCGAGGGACGGCAUGCUUACGGCCACGACGCGCCAGUCUUUAUGUGCGACUUCUCAAAGGACGGGACCAAAGUCGUCUCUGCCGGCGCUGACAAGGCCAUCAAAGUUUGCGAUCUCGGCACGCAACAAGAUGCCAAGAUUGGCGAACACGAUCAGCCUGUCCGAACUGUUCGAUUCUUCGAGGCCGGUGGCAACCCCAUGGUAGUGUCAGGGUCCUGGGAUAAGACUGUCAAAUACUGGGACAUGCGGUCCCCUACUGCCGUCGCCACAGUGCAAUGCCAGGAACGAGUUUAUACAAUGGACGUGAAGAACGACUUGCUCGUUAUCGGCACCGCAGAUCGAUACAUCAACAUCAUCAACCUCAAGAACCCAACGACUUUUUACAAGACGCUGCAGAGUCCGCUCAAGUGGCAGACCCGCGUCGUGAGCUGCUUCGCCGACGCCUCGGGCUUCGCCAUCGGUAGUAUAGAAGGCCGCUGUGCCAUCCAAUAUGUGGAGGACAAGGACAGCAGCCUGAACUUCUCGUUCAAAUGUCACCGAGAUCCUCCUUCGGGCAAUGUCACCAGUGUUUACGCCGUGAACGACAUCUCAUUCCACCCUGUACACGGUACAUUCAGCACAGCCGGUUCUGACGGCUCCUUCCACUUCUGGGACAAGGAUGCCAAGCACCGCCUCAAAGGCUACCCCCAGGUAGGCUGCAGCAUUACGGCGACCAAGUUCAACAAGACUGGUUCUAUCUUUGCGUAUGCCGUGGGCUAUGACUGGAGCAAGGGCUUCCAGAGCAACUCACAACAACUGCCUAUCAAGGUUAUGCUCCAUCCUGUUCAGCAAGAUGAGUGCAAACCUCGAUCCACCAUAAAGAAGCGGUAGGACGAAGGUAGUCAGCGAGGAAUGUGGGAGGUGGAAAGGGUUGAAAAAGUCCUAGGGAAGGUAAAUGAGGCAGGGAUGGGCAGAAGAUGUCAAUUUGGGGGAAAGUGUCAAUAAGAUCUAUGGCGAAAGGAACUUGUUAUACUUGCUGAGGAAGGCCGGGCGCACUUCGCUGUGGACUUAAGACAGACAGACAUUCUGAAGGGAAGCAAAAAAAGAGUUGAUAAAAGUGAUACCACUCAUCUUAAACUGGCUGGCCGGGUU